AUGAGAUACAGAAUGAUACUCUCGAAAGAUUUCGCAAUUCUCUAUCGUAAAACUUAUCCUCAGUACUUCAGUGGGAAACGUCGAAUUCGAAAUGAAGUCAUACUGACACUUCAGAAAUUCCGCAAUUGGGCUAUUGAGCGUGGCAUGACACCAAUACUCUAUGCUGGCACACUGCUUGGUUGGUAUCGAGAAUGCGGUAUUAUACCAUAUACACACGAUAUCGACUUUACGGUCUUCAUCGAGCAAUACUAUAACAAAUUUCCUGAAGAUGUUAUGAAUAGUUCGUUUAUCAAACUUAGUAUGCGAUUCAACAGACCAGAUGAUCUAUUGGAAUACAAAGUGUAUAUAGAGGACGGUGUUCCAACGGACACAUUCUUUCUAUAUCAUGAUCAAAAUACUUCUGGAUUGGAGGUCUAUCUUCUAUGA